AUGCGGCCGCCCACGCAGUCACUCUGGGGCACACUCGAAUUCAAAGCAUACUACUUGGUGUAUGUGGUGACCGUGGCCAACAUGAUAUAUACGAUGUACACGGCGUCAUCGCCACAAAGGCCUGAAUACAAGGGGUAUGGACGGAGGCUGUCCGACGGGUGGAUGCUUGGACGCAAGAUAGACUUGUCUGACGGGCAGUGGCGCACAUUCAGGUCGAACUUGCCGGCCUUUGCGCUGGCGAUGUUUGCAUACACAGCGUUCAACAGGCUGUUCUACCUGGGCGUGGUGAGAAAAUGGUGCAGGGGGUUUGUGCGCUCGCCCGCAUCGGUGCGCGGCGCGCUGCCAACAUUGUGGUUUCCGUUCUUGUUUGCCUCUAUGUUUGCCAUAGUGCUGUCGGGCUCAUCAACGCUGUUUAUUUUGCUGCUGACUGGCGGCAACUACCUUUUGGCUAAGCGCUUGGGUGGGAGGCGGUGGGCGCCGCUGGUCAUCUGGGCGUACAACUUGGCGGUGCUUUUUGCCAACGAGAGUUACAAGGGGUACGAGUUUGGCCGCAUACUGGAGUCUCUGGCGUGGCUCGACCAGCACCGCGGCAUCCUGCGCCGGUGGGACGUGACGUUCAACAUCACAAUGCUGCGGAUGGUGUCCUUUGCCAUGGACUACCACUGGCGGGUACGCCAGGAGCAGGAGGCCGGAGCGCAGCUGGUGGAUGGACUGGUGGCAAACCCGGUGACGGAAAAGGACCGGAUUGAGCGCUCGUGCUUCAAACCCGACUACUGCUUUGUCAACUACUGGGCGUACCUGCUGUACCCGCCUCUUUACCUGACGGGCCCCAUCAUCACGUUCAACAACUUUGUGUCGCAGAUGCGGUACCCAUCGCCGGGAAUCAAGGUUAAGAGCACACUGAUUUACGGGGUUCGGCUCUUGGUUUCGGCGAUUCUGAUGGAGCUCAUCCUGCACACGGUUUAUUGCGUGGCGAUCAGCAAGUGGGCGCAGUGGGAUACGUUUUCAGCGUACGAGAUCAGUCUGAUUGGGUACAUGCGGCUGUCGUUCAUUUGGCUGAAGCUUUUGAUCAUCUGGCGGUUCGCCCGGUUCUGGGCCAUGGCUGAUGGCCUGGAGACCGUCGAGAAUAUGCGGCGUUGCAUGAGCAACAACUACUCGCUGCAGCAGUUUUGGAGGGACUGGCACUGCAGCUACAACAAGUGGCUGGUGCGCUACGUGUACAUUCCGCUGGGAGGCCGCAAAACCAGCACAUGGAAUACCUUUGUGGUCUUUACUUUUGUCGCGCUCUGGCACGAUCUAACCAUGCGGCUGUUGCAGUGGGCGUGGAUUAUCGCUCUGCUGUUUUUGCCCGAGGGUCUGGCCACGUGGUAUUUCGGGAAAUCCCAGUGGUCUCGUAAGCCUUACUUCAGGUUCAUCUGCUCCUUGGGCGGCGCGCUGAACAUCAUUGCCAUGAUGGUUGCCAACUUGGUUGGCUUUGGCGACGGUGGCGUCGAGAAGAUGCUCGAGAAGAUAUUCAGUCGAGAGGGAGUGCUGUUUUUGGCCGUCGCGUAUGUGUUGCUGAACGUGCAUUUGCAGGUCAUGUUUGAGUGGCGCGAACACGAGUAUCGCAAGGAGUACGGGGACAGCGGAAGGGCUACUGGGCAAUGGGAGAUGUCUUCCGCUGCUGCUGUUGAUUCUGCGGGCACUUCUGAGGAGUCGUUGAACAAGUACGUUCAGGGGGCUGGUUUGAGCGCUCCUGGGAGCAACACUUCGACAGAGCGGCCACUUGGAAGUACCAGCGGGAGCAGCCCACCAUUGAACACCGAGCCAUUGACGAAGCGCCAGCAGCGGACUGCUGCUGUUGCAGCUGCAGGGUUAACAGCGGAUGAAGACAGUCGUCGCGACCACAGAGACUAG